AUGGACGACGACGAUGAGAUCCACUCCAUUCCAUCGCCGUUGAGCGGAUCUCCGGCGUCAUCAAUUGGUCGGAUUUCGGUGACGGUUGCGGCGCCUGCUCCGCAAACGCAAGAGCAUCCGGUGGUGAACAGCUAUGCAUUAGCACUUCCGAUUCAGAAUCAAGCGAGAGGAAGCAACGGUGGAGGGAGGGAGGAUUGCUGGAGCGAAGGCGCGACGGCGGUCCUGAUCGAGGCGUGGGGAGAGAGGUAUCUGGAAUUGAGCAGAGGGAAUCUGAAGCAAAAGCAUUGGAAGGAGGUGGCGGAGAUCGUUAACGGGAGAGAGGAUUAUUUGAAGGCGCCGAAAACUGAUAUCCAGUGCAAGAAUCGGAUCGAUACGGUUAAGAAGAAGUAUAAAUCGGAGAAGGCUAAGAUCGCCGCCGGUGGCGGCGUCGGAGUUAGUAAAUGGCCGUUUUAUGAUCGGUUAGAAUACCUGAUCGGUCCAGGUCCAACCGCCAAGAUCACCGGCGUCACAGGUGGCAGCACUUCCGGAAACAGUAAAUUGCCACCGCAGAAAGUUCCGUUAGGAAUUCCGGUAAAUCUUCGCAGCGGUGGUGUUUCAAAUCAGUUCAACUCUCAAAAGAAAAAUCAGAAGCAACAGCAACAACAACAGCCACAGGUUCAGUUGAAUUACCAGAAGGUUCAACUCCGACCUCGAGCUCAUGCUAUCGAUUCGGAUAAUUCGUCGGAACGAGAAGCGUUAUCACCAGUUUCGAGUGACAGUUUACCACCGGAGAGUCACGAGAGGAAGAGGGCGAAAGUGAAUUCGACUGGUUGGGGAAGUGCUGUGAGAGAAUUGACUCAGGCGAUAGUGAAAUUCGGUGAAGCUUAUGAACAAGCGGAGACAUCGAAGUUGCAGCAGAUAGUGGAGAUGGAGAAACAGAGGAUGAAGUUUUCAAAGGAUUUGGAGUUGCAGAGAAUGCAGUUUUUCAUGAAAACACAGUUGGAGAUUUCACAGCUCAAGGUUGGAAGAAGAAAAAGUGUUAAUGGUAAUGGUAAUGGUAACCCUAGCAAUCAUCAUAACAACAUCAAUGAAAACAUCAACAACAACAACCAUAACAAUAAUAGUGACACCGAAUGA